AUGUCUGGACAAAACAAUGGUGCCGAAGGAGUCGCCAAAGGUGUAACGAGCACCUUAGGAAACCUCACAGGUGGCGUCUUGAAAGGCGUCGGAUCUGUUACUGGCGCAGCGGGCCGUGCAGUGGGAGAGACUGUCAACAACACCACCGGUACUAAAGCUGUUGGCGAUAGCCUACAGUAUGUGACUGGUGGUGUUGAGGGAGCUGGCCAAACGGCCGGGAAGGGUUUGGAAGACGUUGGGCAAUGGAAGAAGCCAUAG